UAAACUACUAUACUAACAACACGAAGACUGGUUCUAUAAAUAGUAACAUAGUCUUAAAUUGAUUUUCUUUUCUUUCUUUGUGAUAGUAUAACAUAAUGGAUGUUGUAAACAAAGAAUUUACAUACGAUUUCAAUAAUGAAAAACGUGGAAUAGCACUGCUGAUACACAAUGAAAUAUUUGACGAAAAUUGUGACUACAACGACAGGCCCGGUGAUAAUGGAGAUUUUAACCGAAUGCUGGAAAUAUUUACGAAACUUGGAUUUGAUGUUAAACCGUACAGAAAUUUGACAGCCACGCAAAUAAGGAAGACAAUGGAAAAGGUUUCAGAAAUGUCCAAAAUUCAUGAAAAAUCUGAUUGUUUUGCUUGUGUCAUUGCUUCACAUGGGGAAGAAAUGGAGUUGGAAACCGAAAACAAUAUCCAUAUCAAUGAACAUGUAAUUGUAGGCACUGAUGGGCAAGUUGUCAAAACAAGGGAUAUUGUAGAAAUGUUCAAUGCAGAUAAUUGUGUAGAACUUAAAGAUAAACCGAAAUUCUUCUUUAUUCAGGCUUGCAGAACUAGCAAUGCUACCGUUUUAGGAAUGGACAGUGGACAUACAGUAACAAUAACAGAACGAAAGCAGCCACAAGGUGGCAUUGUUGAUGGUAUUGAGAAUAUGCAAGUUGACUCUCAAAUAAUCGACAAAGUUGAUGCAAAUUGUAUAUCAACAAAUGCAAACUCUCUGUGUGAAAAUAAUCUUGACACAAGACACUUGUCAUCUGCUGAAAGAACCCUCAGUAGACAACAGCUAGUUCACCAGGUAACAGACGUUGAAUGCCCUGAUGAUACUUUGUUGAUGUUUGCCUCCUUAUCUAGUAACUAUGCCGUUCGGAAUCCCACUAAUGGUGGCUGGUUAUUAACUAGUCUUUACAGUCAAAUCAAGGAACAUAUAGACACUGGUAAAAUAUGUUCGACAGAAUUUACCCAAAUUCUAAAUGGUGCUUUGAAAGAAAUGACGACAAAGAACUUUAAACCGUCUGAAAUCACUUCACGAUUGUAUGGAGCAUUUUCUCCUGGAUGUUUAACGCAUUGUUUGUCUAGGGAUGUUCUCUUUCUGGAAAAGUAAUACAAAUAGCACUGGCGCCUUGUUGAUCAUUUGUUUUCAUAGGGAUGACUUGUUUCAAAUCAAUUUAUUUCUUGUUGAUUCUACAUGCAUUUUUAAACGUUAUUUUGAUUUUCAACUAAGAUUACAUAUAUUGCUUUUGCAAUUUUGUCUUGUACAAUACAAAUAGAGCUGUCGCUAUAUUGAUCACAUGUUUGCAUAUGGAUGACUUGUAACUUGUUGCAAAUUUAUGUAUUUAUUGUUAAUUCUACCUGCAUUUAAAUCAAUGGAGUCAUGAAAUUAUCUCGUAUAAAUUUAUUCUUUGAAGUUAUUUUAAUUUUCAACUAAGCUUACAUACUAUUACUUUCCAAUUUGUCUCGUUCCGUAUUUAUAAUUACAUGUCUAUUUUAAUAAUUACAGCAGUGACAAAGAUAGACAGUUUACAUUACACAGAAUGUUUACAAAUCACAUAAACAAUUGUUGAAUAAAGCUUGACCUUGAUUUUAAUCCAAAACUGAUACAGGGACCUCUCAAGAAAAAAAACGCAUCCUUGACUAUGAAUGAUUAUAUAUACAUUUUUUCCUACUAAUUUGUUCAAAUUAUAUUUAGUGGUUUUUAUGUUUGACUGCCUGAAUUUCAUCAAACUUGAAAUAAUCAAGAUGCUUAUGUAACUGCCCUUACUUUGAGCAGAAAAAUGACAACAAAAACGCUGAGAUUCAAGCUCUAAGAUACAAAAAAAAAAGAUUUUUUUUAUUGGUUUUUGUUUCAAACACCAAUAAAAAAAAUUCACAAAACGGUAAAAUUGUGUUCGUUCCGAUCAACAUUAAUAAAGUCAGUUUUAAAUGUC